AAUAAAAAGAUACCCAUCUUGUCUCUCCCUCUCAUAGUUAAAAUUAAAAAUUAAAAGGUUUUAUUCUCCAAUAUCUCUCUUGUUUUUUGUUCCAUUCCCAUGUGAUGACAGAAAGGAAUUUUCAUUAUGAGAUAUUCCAUCCCACCUCCUUCCAUAAAUGCUCUUCCAUCAUCUUUUCCCUCAUAUGUUCUCAAUCUAGUACUAAAUUCACUCACUCAUUCAUCUCUCUCUCUCUCUCUCUCUCUCUCUCUCUCUCUCUCUCUCUCUCAAUGGAAGACAUCGAUGAGGAGGAGCUUUUGAAUCUUAGCCUGGCAAUUGUUACAACUUCAGGGGGUGAAAGAGUGAAGAAGAGGAAGAGAAGAGAUCACAAAAAUGUUUUGGUUAGUCCUCUAAAUUCAUAUGAAGGUUGUGAAGGGAAGAUAUUCAGGCUGCUUCAAAUGAGGGAACAAAUGCUGAAGCUAGACCACAAGAAGAAAGGAGCUCAUGUGCUUGAUGAAGAUGGAAAAGGCCUCCAUUUGAUCCACAUGCUGCUCAUAACAGCCACUGCGGUUAAUGAAAACAAUGUGAGCUCAGCCUUGGAGAAUCUGAGUGAGUUGUACAAGAGUGUUUCCUUAUGCGGCGACUCCGUUCAACGAGUAGUUGCUUAUUUUGCAGAUGGCUUGGCUGCAAGGCUUCUCACCCGAAAAUCACCCUUUUUUGACAUGAUCAUGAAGGAACCAACAAGUGAUGAAGAGUUCAUGGCGUUUACAUCUCUCUACCGGGUUUCUCCAUACUACCAGUUUGCUCAUUUUACAGCUAACCAAGCAAUCAUUGAGGCAUUUGAGAAGGAAGAAGAGAAGAACAAUCGUGCGUUACAUGUUAUUGAUUUUGAUGUCUCGUAUGGAUUUCAAUGGCCUUCUCUUAUACAAUCUCUCUCCGAAAAGGCAACCAGUGGCAAUCGAAUAUCACUCAGAAUAACUGGGUUUGGACAAAGCAUGGAUGAACUACGCGAGACAGAGAACAGACUGAUAAGCUUCUCAAAGGGUUUUCGCAAUCUUAUUUUCGAAUUCCAAGGGUUGUUGAGAGGCUCAAAGCUCAUAAACUUGAGGAAGAAGAAAAACGAAACGAUUGCAGUGAAUUUGGUUUUUCAUUUGAACACUUUGAGCAAUAGUUUGAAGAUAUCUGACUCAUUAAAAUCUGUACAUUUACUUAACCCUUCCAUUGUAAUCUUGGUUGAACAAGAAGGAAGCAGAAGCCCUAGAAGUUUCUUGUCAAGAUUCAUGGAGUCUUUGCAUUACUUUGCUGCCAUGUUUGAUUCUUUAGAUGAUUGCCUACCUCUAGAGAGUACUGAAAGGUUGAGCAUUGAGAAGAACCAUCUUGGAAAAGAGAUCAAAUCCAUGCUCAAUUACGACAUCGACGAUGUAAAUUGUUCGAAAAUCGAAAAGAUGGAAACAUGGAAGGCUAGGAUGGAGAGCCAUGGUUUUGAAGGAAUUAAUCUAAGCUCCAAGUCCAAGAUACAAGCAAGACUUCUUUUGAAAAUCAGGACACAUUAUUGUCCCCUUCAGUUUGAUGGAGAGAGCAGUGGUGGGAGUACUGCUGGGUUCAAGGUUUUUGAAAGAGAUGAUGGAAGAACAAUAUCUCUAGGGUGGCAAGACAGGUAUCUGCUUACAGUUUCUGCAUGGAACUGUGUACCAUAAAUAUAUAAACUCUUAUAUAUAUCUUCUUCUAACACAUUCAUCAUCAUUUUUGUAAUCUUUUGCAGACAAUAACUUUGGAAUUAAGAAAAUAUUGUUUACUGAUACACAUCAGAUUUUAUCCCAUAACAAGAAAUUGACCAUCUCUUGUUUUCAUGUCCCCUUUAGAACUUGGCUUCUCUUCAAUGUACAUUUAACAUUUUAUCGAAAAGUACCAUUUAGAUUUUCUUAGGACCUAUUUGAUAAUUAUUUCAAUUUUAAUUUUUAAUUUUUAGUUUUUUCAUUUAUCAUUAUUGUGCUAGAGUAUAGAGGAAAACGAGUGAGAAUGGAAAUGAAUGAGAGUGGAGAUGAAAUUGAGAUGGAAGAUAAGAGGGGGGAUGAGAAGGAGGAAUAACAAAAGUAAAAACAAAAAUAAAACUGAAAUUUAUUUGAAAUUAUUUUCACUUUUAUUACUCAUCCCUCUCAUCCCUCUCUCUCAAUCUUAUCCUUACUCCCAUUCUCAAUCUUAUUUUCCUUAUACUCUAGUACAAAAAAAUAAAAACUAAAAGCUAAAACUGAAAUUAUUAUCAAACGGGCCCUUAGUUAUUUUCCCUUUUGUUAAAGAGAGAUGGAGGGGAUGGAGA